AUGUCAAGUGAGCCUGACCACACGGAUUCAGCUAAGCCUGCGAUAGAAUGGCAAUUCAUCGACGCUUCGAACAACAGUCGGAGCAAUUUGACGCAGGUCAAGCGCCAUGUGAUGCAACAAUACAUGCGCCAAAAACGUGCAUCGGGUCAGCCUAGUGAUGAUGCCGAGCAGACGGUGGUAGAAAGCCAUAGCGCGCCACGAAAGUCUACCCGACGCCCCAGGAAGGGCAGGACGUCUACUGGGGACACUGCCCAGAAAGGAAAGGAAGAAGGCGUCAAUAGUCAGAGGCAGAAAAAUGUGCAGUCUUCAUCAGCACAAAGGUCCAAAGUCAAAGUGGUCCCGAACAAAGAUUCGAUGGACGAUUUGGUGGAAGAAAUUGAGCGAGAUUUUGGUCCUGGUGUCAUCACAAGUGCUGAAAGUGCAUCCCUACCAGCCAAUUCUUUCUUUCAGCUUCAAGGCUAUCCGCUGUCGCCCUAUCUUUUAGAGAAAUAUGUAUCUGGAAGUCAGAGUAGUGGCUCAGAGUCAAGCAAUUUAUCCCCAUGGUCAUCCACACCAACAUCCCCAACUGAUGUCACGCUUUCUCCAAAAACUAUCCUCAGUGCAGCACGAACCGACCCUUUCAAUACCCUGCCGAUGGAUCUUGAUGCGGAGGGCCAGCGACUAUUUGACUUCUAUGUCAAUGAGAUGCCUGCCUGUUCCUAUGGUAGUCAUUUCCGCUCUGCCAAGGCCCAUAAUUGGUAUACGGCAGUCUUUGUUCCAGAAGGAAUGAAAGGCGCCGUCACAUUCCAGAACACUAUUCUCGUACAUGCAGCGAAUACUUGGGCUUGGGUGCGGAACGAGGAGGAGACUGACUAUACACUUGUUCACCGCAACCGCGCAAUCUCCAUGCUCCGAGAUCAUAUGACACGAAAUCCAGGUGAUAUCUCCGAUGUUGCAAUUAUUGCAUGUCUCAGCGCUGCAGGUCUCGAGGACUUUGACCCUCGUCCAGGGCACAAGGAAAUUAGCUGGGUACACAUGCGGGCUGCGAGGGAAAUGAUACGGGCCCGAGGAGGACCAGCGGCCUUCGAGAAUACACGGCUGGGCAUGUUAAUCAACUGGCAAGAUUAUAUUCUAUCUGGAUAUGAAACAAAUGGGCUAAGCUUCUUCUUCGAGUAUAACCCUUCAGUCAAACAGUCUUUUAAGGAGCCAAGUCAAUGGCAAGACUCGAUAACGCAAACGUCCAAUCUGACGCCUUCCCCCCUUCCAUCAAUGCCUUUGUUAUCGCCUGGGGAUGCUUUAUCACACUCUGCAUUAAUCAAUCCAAGUAAUUCGUUAACAUUUCUGUCACCAGAGGAUGAGAUCCGGCAUCAGUGCGACGAGUUCAUCGACUUUUUGAAACGUUGUGAGGAGCUAUCGAUAUCUCAUCGAUCUAACCGCGCCAAUACGCCAGCUUCACUCUUUGGGAUUACCGAAACUCCGUGCAGCAUAGCGAAACCUUCCUCUGGACAUUAG